AUUGUUCUUGUGUGCGCACGCCAGUAUUAACUUAACUGGUUAAAGAUCAAGUGUAAGUGGGCGGCACUUUUUGAAAACGUACUGCCCAUUGCCACCCCUUAUUGACUUCGUGAACACAGAUUGCGAAUUCAUUUUCUUAGCUUAAUUUAUUUAAUAGCUUUCUUGUGUACGUGUCAAGCCAGCUCUCAGUUUGUUAUACGUCGGCUGGCUAUGGAACCAACAAAAGACUCCACUUGUCCUCCUGUUACAAGUUUUUCCGAAAUUCCAAACGACAAAAGGAAAAGGUAUCAGGAACUUAUUUCUGUCUUCCAGCAAAAAUAUGGCGAACAGCCACAGUUCUUUGUCCAAGCUCCAGGGAGAGUUAACCUCAUAGGAGAACAUAUUGACUAUUGUGGUUACUCUGUCCUGCCUAUGGCUGUUGAACAAAAUAUCCUAAUUGCAGCAGCUCGUUCUGGCGAUGAUAAAAUAUUCGUGGCCAAUAAAGACUCAAAUUUUGCUGACUUUGAGUGCUCCACCAACAACCUGACCAUUGCUGAAGGUACAACUUCAUGGCACAUAUAUUUCCUGUGUGGUCUUAAAGCUAUUGAGGACAGUGGCCGGCUUCAGCAGCAGAUGUCUGGUCUCUACUGUAUGGUGGAUGGUGUCAUCCCAAAAAGUGCUGGACUGUCCAGUUCCAGUGCUCUUGUUUGCUGUUCUGCACUGGUUGCUGCUUUUGCCAAUAAUCUCAAGUUCACUAAGUCAGAAUUAGCCGAGUUGUGUACUGUCAGUGAACGAUAUUGCGGUACCCAAGGUGGAGGAAUGGACCAAUCCAUAGCUUUCAUGGCAGAAGAAGGUCAGGCCAAAUUAAUAACAUUCAACCCACUGAGUGCUACAAAUGUCCAACUGCCAUCUGGUGUUGUGUUUGUUGUAUCAAACAGCUGUGUUGAAAUGCACAAAGCUGCAACGGCCAAUUUCAAUAUAAGAGUUGUUGAAUGUAGGCUUGCUGCAAAGCUGAUAGCAAAGAAGUUAGGUCUAGAUUGGCUUCAACUGAAGAAACUUGGAGAUGUGCAAAAAACCUUAAAGUAUGACUUUCCGCAAAUGCUUGCAACUGUACAGCAGUUGUUACAUGCAGAAGCUUACAGCAAACAGGAAGUGUGUACAGAACUUGGAAUUGAAGAAGAUGAACUGAAUAAAACUAGUCUCUGUGGAAAUACACUUCAUGUGCAACAAUUCAAGCUGUAUAAUCGUGCCAUGCAUGUCUUCAGUGAAGCCAACCGUGUCCAUCAGUUCAAAGCCUUCUGUGACAACCCUGAUGCUGAUGCAAUUCAGAAGCUUGCCAAACUAAUGAAUGACAGUCAUAGCAGUUGUCGAGACCUGUAUGAGUGUAGCUGUCCAGAGCUGGACUCAUUAGUGAACAUUUGUCUGCAAUCUGGUGCUCUGGGAAGUCGUUUAACUGGUGCUGGAUGGGGUGGUUGUGCUGUGUCUAUGGUACCUACUGAACAACUCAAAAGUUUUAUGGAUGAUGUAAAGACCAAGUAUUAUCAAUCAGACUCAAAGCGGGCUGGCAAAGUGACUGAAUCACUUUUUGCCUCAAAGCCAGGAAAUGGUGCUGCAGUGUAUGAACUGACACAGAAUUAAUACUAUCCCAUUUAAAUGAUAAUGUGGUUCUCUUUAUAUUUUUUAAUAAAAGUAAAAAUUAAAUAAAUAUAUAUAUAUAUAUAUAUUUGAAAAUUUGGGGACUAAAAAGUAAAAUGUGAUAUACACAUCAAAUAGAAAAAUAUUUUUCUAUAGGAAUUUAUAUUACAUUGUCAUGUUACAAUAAGUUUACAAAGUUUUCUUAAAAUUAUAAAAGGGUAAAUAUUCCACAUGAACAUCUGUACAUACAGAAAUGUCUCAUCAAGGAAAUCCUAGUUAUAAUUGUGACAAGAUAUCUAAUGAAUAGAACAUAAUGGAUUUUAAUAUGUUUAAACAAUUGUGGAUUAAUCUCAAAUUUGAUAAAUAUCAUGUAUGUAUAUUUUAAACAUGUGGAAGCAGCAAGUUAUAAAAAGGCAAAUUUUCUCAUUUAGGAGGAAGUGGUGGUUUAUCUUUGUUACAUUUUCUCCAAUUUCUAUAAUUUAAAUGAUACAAAUGUAACAUUUGGUUUAUCUUCCUUUUUAUAUCAGUAAUUCAGGAGAUUCAUGUAAAGUAGGUUAAGUAGCAGCAACUGUAGUGCUCUGAAAUUUCAGUAUUUUACUUUGUCUUCACAUUCCAAAUCUUGUUAAGUAUGAACUUCUUUGUUUUUGAUAAAAUAAGUUACAAUUAUGCACCAAUAAGAGCAAAGAUUUCAAUUUUCUAUAGCCUUCUGCAAAUAUGUUGCCUUGUCCCAAUGUUAGGAAAAUAGUAUUGCAGAUGGCAAAAGAUAAUAAAGCAACAGAAAUGGUUGAUUUCCAUAUUGAUUACUUACAGUAAUUAAUUUUGUCAAAUAUUAUUAAGCUUAACUUUGAGGUGGGGUUGAUUAAUUAUCAGUUAAAUCCUAGAGUUGAUUUAAUUAUAUAGACAUCAAGCCAAUGAGGAAGCUUCCACAUAGUGGCUUGAUCCACUAGAAACAGUGACCAUAUUUUCCUUAAAAAGAAGACACAUUGUUUAAUUUCAAUUAGUCUUAUAUCUGAUCAUCAUAAGGUGUCAUAUUUCCAAAUAUCUUCAUUUGUCCCAGUCUGAUUUGAACAAAAUUUGUGUAAAUAUAAAUAUGUAUUGUAAAAAUAAAGAUUUUCAUCUGGGAUAUUAUCUUUA